AUGAGAAAAGGCUCCUCCACGAGGCACCCUCUCCGUGUUCCUGGUAUGAAACCUGGGGAAGGCUGUUAUAUCUGCAAGUCCAAAACCCAUAUUGCUAAGCUCUGUCCUGAAAAAUCUGAGUGGGAGAGAAACAAGAUAUGCUUGCAAUGCCGAAGGCGAGGGCAUAGUCUUAAGAAUUGUCCGGAAAAGAACGAUGAUAGCAGCUUCGAGAAGAAGCUGUGUUACAACUGUGGAGAUACUGGCCAUUCACUUUCUCAUUGUCCUCAACCUUUACAAGAUGGAGGGACGAAGUUUGCAAGUUGUUUCAUAUGCAAGGAACACGGGCACAUAAGCAAGAACUGUCCUCAAAACAAGCAUGGAGUCUACCCAAUGGGCGGUUGUUGUAAAGUGUGUGGGAGUGUGGCGCAUCUCGUCAAAGACUGCCCCGAUAAACUCAACAGAGAUUCAGCCCCAACUAAGAGCUCAAGAUUCGAUGCUACACCAAGAGGGAAACUCAUUAAGUUCAGUGGGGAUGAUCUUGAGGACGAUUUCUAUGAAGAGCCUAAAAGCAGCAAGAAGAUCAAGACCUCUGAUGAUGCUAUUACACCUGAUGAGGUAGAUGAGAAGAGCAUCUCAAAAAAGAAACAAGGUCCAAAGGUUGUCAAUUUCUUUGGUUGA